GCAGGAACCAGGCGCACUGGGUAGGGAUAGAGUUUCCCCUGGUAAGAGAUCUCUUUAACCGCCUUAGAUUCUGUUUCUCCUGCCCUGUGACUCAUUUCGUCAAUACACGCAAUGAUUCAGCAAUAGAAACAACUUUUUUGUGGGAUUAUGAUUUAUUUUUACUUUUCAAACCAUAGAAUAAACUCAUGGUGAUCGCCGGGUGCGUUUCGCGGUCGCUGCCCGGCGUCGUGUUACCUCCCUCGGGGCAGCACCAUGGGCUCGUAAGAUGCCUUCUCUGUGGAAACGGAUAACGUUCUCGGUGGCCUCGGUGCUCUGUGUCGGCUCGGUGGUCCUCCUGGUCGUGGCCCUGUCCACGCAGCGGUGGGUCACCGGACGGAUCCUGUGUAAAACCGGGGCGGAGAUAGUGAACGCUUCUCACCCGGAGCUGGACCAGUUCAUCGGUGACAUUUAUUACGGCUUAUUCCAGGGAGGAAAAAGCAAGAAGUGCGGACUCGGGAAGAGGCGCUCCAAAAUAUACAUUUUCCCAAAGCUUGUGCGAACACUGAACGGAGGCCUUCACAUGAUGGUGAUCCUCUUCUUGCUGGCAGCCAUCGGCUUCGCUCUGGUCAGUCUGUCCUUCUGUAUUUACAACGCACGUAAGGUUCCCUACCAGAGCAUCAAGGGGCACAAAGGACUCUACCUGUGGAACUUCAUCGCUGCUCUGUUUGGUUCCCUGGGUGUUUUGUGUUUCCUGGCGGCAGUGAGGCACCACAGUCUGACCGAGCGGGUGGCAAACUAUCAGGAGAACCUCUUCAUCCUUGUUAUCCUGGACGACAGCCUGGACUGGUCCUUCUGGCUGGGUGUAGGCAGCAUUGUGACUCACUUUGCUGUCUGUGGAGUGGUUGCUAUGAGCCGGAUCAAGCUGCCCAAACCAGAGAUGAAGAAGCCAGAGGAACCCACUGUCUCUGCUCUGGACCUGCUCUACUGAAGGACCACACAGAGAACAU